AUAUCGGUAAAAAGCAUGGCGGACGAAGCUUCAUAUGACUUUGAUGAUCUGGAAGAAGUUUUUCGUUCUGCUACUGACUACGUAAGGAUCCAUGGAGGCAGUUGGGACAGUGAGAAGUUACUUUACUUCUAUGGGCGAUUCAAACAGGUUGUUUUAGUGAUUCUUACCAUAUUAGUUAAAUGACUCUUUGGUUGUGUUUACUUUUGUUUAUGUUUCAAAAUGUUUGUUUUGACUUAACUCUUUAAUCUUAGAAUCUCUGGACAAUACUCACGCAUUGCAGUUGCUUUGAAUCUUUGAAAAUCUUUGUUGUCACUAGUCAGUUAGAAUAUAUGAGUCUUAGGCCUACACACAAUAAUAUUAUUAAUAUGGUAGGUUUCGUAAAACUUAAAUAUAAGGGCCUUUAUUCUAUAUAAUAUAAGUAUAAGUUGCAGAUGACCAGUAAUCUUUAUUUAUAAAUCGAUGCCCCCCUUAUCCUCCUCUUCAGGCCACUUGAAGCCUCUUCCCUUCUAUCAAUUCAAUAUUAUAUCCCUACAGUGUCUGCCAGGCUCAUGUACACCUACUCUCAAAUUCACACCUUCAGCCUUCAUCUCCCCCCAUGCCCAUUUAGCCCAUUCACACUUUUAACUUCCUCCCUCUCCUUUGUUUACUCUUUAUUCCUUUAUCAUUGACUUGAAUAUUCCUUCACAAUAAUCACAACUAAAUAGUUAGUAUGACGAGGCCUAUACUAUGAGUAUUCAGUAUGACUAUUACUACUACUUUUUUUACUACUGCUACUACUACUACUAUGAGUAUGAGGCCUAUGUCAGCUAUGUUACUUAUGGCCUGUCUCUUAAAUAUAUUUUGCUUGUGGUGUGUUCUGCUUCCUUUCACAACCAGUCCUCCCCAUCUCAACAUAUUUUAUAUCAAAAGUACUGAGUUACUGAAAAAAGCUGUUACGCAGCUAGCAUUUUGCAUGACGGUUGAACUUGGGUAAAAAGGUUUAAUUUUUGUUCUUUAUUAGGGAGAGGUGACUAUUAUAUUAAUCAAUAUAGAGCCAUGGGUAUGAGUCGGACCGUCUGUUUAAAGGCUGGCAUAUUCAUAUAUUAUAGAAAUUGGGAAUUUUUUAAUAAAAACUUGGGCUCACUGAGUAUUUUCUCAAAAUACCUGGACCGGUGUAAAAAAAAUUGCACCUAGUUAAGCAUAGUAUUAUAUAUUUUAUUAGGCCACCUUACUAACUUUCUAUUGCUUUUUUAACUUUGGCCUGUUCAAUAAAUCUUGUUGUUUCAUACAAUUUUUCUUUUAUAGGCUAAAGAAGGUAAAUGUAACACAUCCAAACCAAGUUUCUUUGAUUUUCAAGGAAAAGCAAAAUGGUAUGGUAAUUUUUUUUUAAAAUUCUAACAAAAGAUAUUCAGCUCUUUGCCUAUUUAAUUUGUUCUGCUUUUGUCUUAAAUUCUAUUGUUUAUUUUUUUUUAAAUUUGAAAAGAGAUAAAAAUUGGAAUAAAAUACAAUAUAUAUAUAUAAAAUACAUGAAAUACAUUUUUAUUUGAAUCACAUUCAAGGAAAGAGAGUGAUUUAAAAAAUACUAAUAUUUAUCGUAUCCGGAAAUUUGAUCGAAAGAAAUUUCGUCAACAGUAAAUUGAUUGACAGUAAUUUGAUCGAACAGAAAUUUGUUCGAAUCAUUUUUUCAGUUUUUACGUUAAAAUUUAGCUUCAAGUUUCUUUUUUAACGCAUUAUUUUGUUUUACUAUGUAUAGUGCGUUCAAAAAGAAAUUCCAUGUUGCUGUAUCUAGCCAAUUUUUUCAUGCACUUACAGGGAUGCAUGGAACAAACUUGGUGUCAUGAGUAAAAAUCAGGCCAUGAUGGAAUAUGUCUCACUACUUACCAAUAUUGACCAGGACUGGAGGAAUAAGAUGGUCAGUUGUUACUUUAAAGCUACAUACUUCAAAAGUCCACGGAAGUAGUAGUGGUCAUUAAUUUAUUAAACAUCAAAGCUUUAAUUUUAUGUAGCUGUAAUUAAUGAAUAUAAUUUUUUUUUUCAUAUUUGAGGAAUUUUUGAUCGUUUUGGCUCCUGGUUUGAAUUCAGUGUUGGCCUUCUCUUAGAUGAGUUGCCUUCCAAGACUAACGAGUCCCAUCCACCCGGGGUGCUUGGAAUUUUGGCUUUGGCGGGGAUUGAACCCCAGACCACCACUAUUUGGAGUGAGUCAGUUUAGACCACUCGAUUUGUGGAGAUGUUUUUCCCCCUUCAGUUUUCCCUGCUUCAGACCAUUGAAUCAUUUUUUACAAUUCCUCAUUAUUAUUUUUAUACCUUUUCAUUUUUCUUGAAAGAGGUCCUAUUUAUUUUUCAUUCUCAGGAAACAGUUUGUGAGGGAGGAGAUGAGUCAAGGUCUCAGCAAGGAAACACAAUGGGCGUCUCAGUGAGUGUCAUGGCAAGAACUGAAGAUGAACUGAGUGAUGGAGAGAAAACUAUUUUUGAUUGGUGCAAAGAAGGGAACACGGACAAAGUGAGGCAGAUGCUGAUUGCUGGGUCAGCCAACGUCAAUGGCUUAGAUGAAGAGGUCUGAAAUAAAAUAUGUUGUGUAUGAACCCUCUUAAAGGAAAGGUUGGGGGGGGGGUCUACAGAAAUGGCUUCUCUGGCCACUUUGAAUGUCAGUCAAGCCCUUGCAGGCAUCAUGUCAUUAAACUGAUAAAAGAAAAUAAAUAAAAAAUAGCGAUGUACACAGUUAUUUACUUAUUCUUAAUGUGUUAUCAUCUCAGAAAAAUAUAUUUAAGAUCAAUAAUGUGAAUCUAAUUUUUUACAACUUAGUUCAAAUGAGGGGCAAGUACACCAAAUUGGUGCAUACCAUCACAAAAAACUCUUCAUGUGAUUUAUAUUAAAUUUUAAAUGCGUGUUUAUGCCAAGAAUGAAAAUGAUUGCUAAUUUAAUUUUUGAGACAUCUAGUGGGCCACAAUAUUUAAAACUGUGGGCCAGGGGUUGGCCACCCCCGCUCUAAUACCAUCCGCAUCUUCUAACAUUCACAUAUGUCAAAAUUUUAAAACAUUUGUGUUUGAAAACUUUUCAGCGAUAUAAAUUAUUCAAUUCUUUAUUCAUUUAUAAAUCAUGUACGGAUCCUGAUUUAAAAUAAACAACUUUCUCUAGCAACUUAAUAAAAUAACUUUAUAAUUCAGCACAUAUGUUAUUAAUGUUUAAUUUUAUGUUCAGGGAUUGGGUCUACUGCACUGGGCCAGUGAUCGAGGUCUAACGAAUAUGGUGGAGUUGUUACUUAGUCUUCAUGCUGAUAUAAAUAUUCAGGUAUGUUAUUAAUUAAUAUGUGUAGUUAUAUCAGAACUGCCAACCCAUACGAUUUUUUCGGAAUUAUACAGAUUUUUUACCCCUCAUUCUGACCUUCCGACAAACCUGUUCAAAUUUCAAUUUUCCAAACAUAAUUUUUCACCCAUCAUAAAAAUCCGAAAGGAGAAAAAAAAUAAAAUUUGGGUACGACAGGAAAUGGUCAUUUCGAUGAUGCCACUUCCUUUGUUUUUACAAUGUGUCUACAUGUCCAGCGACCGGACGAAUAAGUUCUCGGGAUCUUCGUCCGGCUAUUAUUUACUUGAUCAAGUCACAUGACCGCUGUAACAAAGUUGCACAAGAUAUUUGUCUGUUAGUCUUGUCACGUGACCCCUAAUAGUUAAUCAUUCCGUUCGCCGGACGUGUAGACACUGCCUUUUUUUCAUCAAAGUGAACCGCAUUCUCCAAAUCAUUCUGCAACUUCAAUCAUCAGUUGAUCCGAUUGUGAUUCAUCCUUUUAUUAGGAUAAAAAUAAUUCAAUUGUGUUGCAACUUUUUUUUUUUGGUGUUAAAGCUUUUCUUAAUUAAAUGGAUAAAUCUAUUGAAAGUGGUGGGUGCAAUGAUAUUAAUAAACAUGUUUUAACAAAAAUCAUACGACUGCAACUCAAAGUAGUUAAUCUACGACAUCCAUGUCUAAUUUCUUUGCUAGGGAAUCGGACGUUUUAUUUGCGACCUCCCUUAUUGAAGGAAAUAUUUCUCUAGCCAACUCCAAUCCUUAAUGCCAGAGCCACACAAAUGUUUCCAGACUCGCAGAUUGCUAGUAGUGAAGAUUGUGAAGAAAAAUUACAAUGAAACAAGGGCAAGCAUGAAAGUUGAUACUCCUUCUAACUUGCUUGUAACUAAAAUCAAUUGCAAUGCUAACCUCAGUUGUACAAAGAGCUGUUGGACAAGUGCAAAAAGCCAUCCAGGGAUAUGCUGGAAAGCUGUACUCUUUUAGCAUAUGUGUACAUAUGUAAAUAAAAUGUAUAUUCUGUUCCAUAUAUAUCUGUAUAUAAAGAUUUCCAGUAAUCUUUUACUCAUGUUCUGUGGAUUCAAAGACAAUAGAGGUAACUUAUAUUACUUUAUUUACUAAAAAAAAGGCUUGUGCAUUAGUAUGUAGAUCUUAAACCAAGCGCCGCGCGCACCCUCCCCCCCCCCACAGAUUUUUUUUUCUUGGCAGGUCUGUAAUAUAGACUUCUGUAAUUGCUAAAGGUCGCAUAAGACUUCAAUUUCAUUUUUUUUUUCAAUUAAAAUAAAAUAUUAAAAGGAUGUUAUCUCUUUUCGUAUCGUUUUUUUCCCCAUAAAACAUGUCCUCUCAUUAUUUCACUGAUAUUUAUAAUUUUUAUUUCAAUCUACAAACAGUAAACAUGGUCACAAAGAGUUUCCAUUAAUGUUGUGAUAGUUGGUACUUAUAAAUUAUGAAUAUUAUGGCCAAUGACAUAUUAGAGCAUUUAAUUACUGGAAUCAAAACAUAAGCUAGUUAAUGUAUGCUUAGUUGUGUAAAAAAAAAAAAUGUAUUAUCUUGACAUAAGUAAAGAGAUGAUUUAUUUGUUGUUCUGUUACAGGCCAGUGAUUUACAAACUGCCUUGCAUUAUGGUAAGUAAUUUUAUUGAAGGUUAGGAGUUCAAGAUACACAAUGAUCAAGACUUUUAAUUUUCCAUUCAUCAAAAAAUUAUAGAAUAAAGCUGGGCGUUAUUUAAAAAGAUUUUUUUCCAGAAUCAAGAUAGUCUCGAUAUUUAAAUACCAACUGCAGAAUUUGAUCCAUUUUUUUUUCAAUUCAUUUAAUUGAAAAAAAUGUGAUCUGUUGAUCAUGUCCAUAAUAAUACAAUAUGAAUAAACGAAACAAAUAUUAUUUUUUAAUAAAAAUGUCAAAAACAUUUUAAUUAUUAUAAUUUUGAACUGCGGCCAAGCUGAUACAGCUAAGCUUAUAUUAUAUCCCUUCGAAGGGGCACUACUUACAUUACUUGCGUUAUGCACAGAUGUGGUGCACGCCCAGUCACUGAAUCCUAGUGGCCAAGAAAAUUUGGUUGCAUAACCAUUAGGCUCAUUAGUGUGUAUUAUUCACUGAUAAUGAAAAAUUCUUAAACGCGGGUAUAAUGCAAACCCAUAUUGUUUAGCGGUAUUUACCUAAAAUUUUUCGAAUAAUAUUCGGUAAUAAACAGUAACUAACAGUUAAUAAAAAAUUUUUUGUUUGAUACUCAGCUGUGUCCUGUGAUCAUGCUGAUGUAGCCAAGCUGCUGGUUGUCAGAGGUAUCAAUCCAUCAUUGAAAGACUCAGAUGGCACCACUGCAAUGGAUGUUGCCAGUGAUGAUAUGAAACUACUUUUACAGUCUUUACAAGGAAAUAAAACUUAAUCAUUAUUAGUCAGUUCAUUCAAUUUUAAAAUAAUUUUUGAGGAAAGUGUUAAUAUUUUUGUUAUUGAAAAAGAUCAAAUCUUGUUGUUUUUUUUUUGUAAAUAGGUUUAUGUCAUUUAUAUAUUUUUUAUGCACUCCGAAUUUUAUCUUUGAAUGCAUUAAAAAAAACAAGUAUGUCCAAUGUAUUAUGUAUUGGGACCAAAAUUUGUACAGUUUAUAGAUAGUUUACUAUAUUUGGUAAUGUUAGGAAGAGUGCAUGAAACUGCUUUUUGUGCCAGGGGACUGUGGAUAUAAUUUCAUUUUCACCUAAGUUAAAAACGCUGUAAAUCCUGACAAAUUUUUACAAUAUUAAGACUUAAUAAUGAAUACCGGAGUUAAAGUGUUAAAAUAAAAUCUAUCAAUAGGUCAGCAGUUAACUUACAAAAGUUAGUCCAAUUAGGCCUUGGGUUAUUUGAGUUUUGUGAUUACUAUUGUAAAAAUAAGUUUUUUGUUUGUUAAGUUAAAGUCCUUCACCUGGAUAAAGAAUUUCAAUUCCUCAACAGAAUCUCUUCAGAACAAAUAAAUCACUAUCAGUCUUUUUACUUGCAUUUAAAACACAUUUCCAUUGGAAUCUUUGUGUUUCAAAGUCUGUGAUCCAUCAUCAUUGAUUCAGGAGGUGUACCGGUAGUGGAAAAAAAGUGAAACUGAAAAAAGAUUCUUGGGGGGUUCGGGGUGGAUGCCAAAUUAUUGGCUCCCCACUGGACCCUUAGGAUGUUCCACAUUUUUUCACCCCAAAUGGGGUUUGGCGGUAGCCCUAUUUAAAGUUGCUGGUGGACCAUCACAGCUGUGACUAAUUGGAACAAAAUUAGUUUUAAACAAAUUUUUUUUUAUUAUACAGUAUAUGUUUGAACGGAUUUUUGAAACAGCAUCAUUGUGCCUGCACAAGUCUGAUAGAUAUUUUUUUGUUACACCAUAUUGGUAUAACUAUUCUCUAUGUUUCCAAUUAUUUUGAGACUCUCAUCAGUAAACCUACAAUCGAUUAUCUUUCAUUUUGUUAUGUUUUUUUAAAAUACUGUUGUUAGAGUUUUCUUCCAUGGUUUCAUUUGGAACAGAAGAGAAAUAAUU